UUUUCAGGUAUGGUCAAGGUCGAGACUGUACAAACUAAGCCAUUUCAAGGUCAGAAGCCAGGAACUAGCGGAUUAAGGAAGCGAGUGCCCGAAUUCCAACAGGAGCACUAUACUGAGAACUUCAUUCAAGCCGUUCUUGAUGGAGGUCUAGGAAACAAGAAAAAAGGUGCUACCCUAGUAGUUGGAGGUGAUGGACGAUACCUUUUAAUGGAAGCAGUCAACGUAAUCAUCAAGAUUGCUGCUGCUAAUGGUAUCGGUCACCUAAUCAUCGGGCAAAAUGGUUUCUUCUCUACUCCAGCUGUAUCCAACCUAAUAAGAAAAGGUUUCGAAGGGAAGCACAUCGAUGGAGGCAUUAUUCUCACGGCCAGUCACAAUCCUGGUGGUCCUAAAGCGGAUUUCGGCAUCAAGUACAACUGCGAAAACGGUGGACCUGCUCCUGAUCACGUAACCAAUGCUAUCUAUAAUAUAACCACUAAAAUUUCUUCAUAUGCAAUCUGCAAGGAUUUGCAAUGCGAUUUCAAGACACUAGGAAGAAGAGAAUUCGAUAUUGAUGGAGUGGGGCAUUUUGUGGUUGACGUCGUUGAUUCCGUAAAAGACUAUGUUGAACUGAUGCAGAAAAUUUUCGACUUUGCAAAGAUCAAAUCGUUUCUUUCUGGAUCGACCGGGAAAAAGUUUGAAUUGCUGAUAGAUUCUAUGCACGGUGCUACUGGUCCAUAUGUUUCUACGAUUCUUUGCGACGUGCUUGGGGUUGAUAGUCGCUGUUGCAUGAGGACAAAUCCGAAACCGGACUUCGGAGGAGGCCAUCCCGAUCCAAAUCUCACGUACGCCAAAAGUUUGGUCGAUAAGAUGAGUAAAGGAGAGCACGAUCUUGGAGCAGCAUUCGAUGGGGAUGGAGACCGCAACAUGAUCCUCGGCAAGAAUGCAUUCUUUGUAACGCCUAGCGACUCACUAGCAGUUAUUGCAGACAAUUGUAGUUGUAUUCCAUAUUUCCAAUCACAUAAGCUUGCCGGGUUUGCGCGAUCUAUGCCGACUGCUGGAGCUGUGGAUCUAGUAGCAAAAGCGAAGAAUGUGGAGGUUUUCGAAACACCUACAGGAUGGAAAUAUUUUGGAAAUUUGAUGGAUGCCGGUCGGAUUUACUUGUGCGGAGAGGAGUCCUUUGGUACAGGCAGUGAUCAUAUCAGGGAAAAGGAUGGUGUAUGGGCUAUGCUGGCUUGGCUGCAAAUCUUAGCUGAAAAGAAAGCGUCGGUGGAAGACAUUGUCAAAGCUCACUGGAAGCGUUACGGAAGAAAUGUGUUCACUAGGUACGAUUACGAAAACGUUGAUGCUUCGGGAGCGAAUUUGCUGAUGACGUUCUUAGAAGCACAAAUGGGUGCUUUUGUGGGAAAGGAGCUGAGUGCAAAUAAUGUCACUUACAAGGUCAAACAUGGAGACAAUUUCGAGUACAAGGACCCUAUUGAUGGAUCCGUUGCUUCCAAACAGGGCCUACGCAUACUGUUCGAGGAUGGCUCUCGUUUAGUCUUUCGCUUAUCUGGAACCGGUUCAGCCGGUGCCACAAUCCGCUUGUAUGUGGACUCAUAUGUUCCGCCGACUGAUACGCAGAAAUUGUUUGCACCUGCUCAGGAUUUGCUCAAACCUUUGGUGCUGAUUGCUCUCGAUUUAUGCAAGAUGGAGCAGUUCACAGGAAGAAAUGCGCCAACUGUGAUUACAUGAUCGUUUUUGCCCAAUAUUGAAUCACCAACCAUUCUUUAAUAGUUGCUCAUUUAUCAUCGUGAUCCCUCAAAUCAUUGCUAUAUGCUCAUUUUGAUAAUCAGCUUUUGAUAGAAUAAUUUCUUGCUCAUUGUAUGUCUGCAUACUAGAGUCUUAGCUAAUCUUUGGUUGAUCAGCCUAUAAUGUAGAGAAUGUGACAGAAUUUUAUAAUAAAAUUUGAACGAGU